AUCUGUGAUAUCAGUAAGUUAAGUAUUCAUUAAAAAAAAACAAUAACAUUUUUUUAAACCAACAAAUUUUGAACCACCUUCAGCCAAAAAAGCGUUCAACAAAAAGUGGGCCUCCGUGCUGCACAAAAUCUACCCAGACUUAAGUGGCAACCACGUAGCAACCCACCCCGGCAACGGCCGCUCGCCUCUCUGGGACACGACGAGGGACAGCAGCAAGGUAAUCAAGGCCGAUCUUGACCAUCAGUACCGCCAAUGCCACCACUGUCUCAAGUUUUGUACGCUGAAACUACUUCCGUGUCCUGACUGUGUUGAAGUCAUGUUCUGUUCGCCGGAAUGUGCCAAACUCGCUCAACAGAGGUACCAUCGUUUCGAAUGCCCCGUCCUGCGAGGCCUUUACACCCUAGACGAGAUUGGCCGCAUGGAUUCACCGCAGUCACUGCGUUCAACGACGACCUGGACGCCCUUGGCUAACACAUCAACCGCAAAGGUCUUCAUCCGUUCAUGUUCAACUGGACAACAAUCACCACCGUGCGCUAACGGUUGGAACCAGCUUGCGGUUCUCGGGGCGUACCCGCUGGCCAGUAUGAUCAACCAUGGCUGCAGUGCCAACGUGAUGCCGGUGGGGCUGCCCGGGGACAGAGUUGCGAUCGUAGCGACGCGGCAGAUUGCGCCCGGCGAGCAGAUCUUCGAGGCCUACUGAAAAUAUUAUGGUUAAAGAAAUUUUACUUCAAGGUGUGUAAAAUAUCAUCAAAGUGUGAAAAUAUGUGCAGAACGUUCUCGUGACCAAGCGGCGUCUCGUUGGCGCAGAAUUCUGCCCCCGUUAGAACCGACACACCCAAGUGUACCGUCCCUGGGCGAUUGCGCUCCGGUAUCCCGUCAACGCCAUCGGUGUGGACUCGCUGGUAAUUUAUCAAAAGUAACGUUCUACUUCCAUAAGAAACGUUCUCGCUUAGCAAUCGGAGACAGGCCCUCACCCUUUCUGGAUGAGCAGGUGUGGGCGAGCCGCAAGAAGAUUCGGCCGCGUACAAGGCUUCGAAAGAACUGAAAGAGGCGACCACCAUGGCAGCGCAUGAGGAAUUCAACGGCCAAUGAUGCGACUCGUCGCCGAGUAACGGGCGUCGUCCCAGCAGGCGGAAGUUAUCCGGCCCGGCACGAGGACAAGUGGGGACGGUGGACGUGGUCGGUCAGCGGCCAGGUACACUGCCUGGAGCAUAAAGUGAAUCAAACCAGCUUGCCGAUCUCGUUCGGCCUACCUUGGACAACGACGGCUUCUUUAUCGCCGAACGCGCCGGUUGUGCGCUGG